AUGUCAGAGGAUCCGGAUAAACAUCCAUUUGCUAUUCGUGGACUAGCUGGCUUUAAAUUUAUCCAGUUACAGGAUCAGCAGUUCGCGUUAUUUCAACAACAAAUGUCUUUCCAAAUGAAGACUCACAACAUAAUAACCAAAACCAUGAAAGCUAUUGGCCACACUGCUUCAACCCAUCAGAACUUCAUAACCAGAAAAAUCGAUCGGACAAUUACUGGGUCGUCUUUCGAUGGGUCAGGCACACCAAUCACAUCGCUCAUGUGUGAACACGUCCGGGGUUCAAAACCCGGCACGCCCGUUGGAUAUGCACUGCUAAUGAGUAGUAUAGCUAUUGGCCACACUGCUUCAACCCAUAAGAACUUCAUAACCAGAAAAAUCGAUCGGACAAUUACUGGGUCGUCUUUCGAUGGGUCAGGCACACCAAUCACAUCGCUCAUGUGUGAACACGUCCGGGGUUCAAAACCCGGCACGCCCGUUGGAUAUGCACUGCUAAUGAGUCCUAAUAAGAGCGAAACUCGAGUCCAGUGCUGCCCUUCGGUGUGGACUGGUGUCCGUUGUUUUUAUCAGAAUUUAACAGUCUUUCAUAAUGCACUACUCAUAAGGUUUCUGAAACUUCUUCGACAGCCCACGAUCGGGUUCGCUCUUCUUGAAGCUCAUCAGGUAGGUGCGAUUCGUCAACGAGAGAUUCAGCUAGGUUCGAGGCUUGGGCAAGCUGGCAGUAUACAAGCACUCGUGCUUCCUUCGCGUGGCAUGACAGCUAGAUACCGGAAGUGUGUUACAGCUGUGCGAUAUAACAACUAA